AUGGGCGGCGGCAACGGCCAGAAGUCCAAGAUGGCGCGGGAGAGGAACGCCGAGAAGAACAAGGCCGCCAAAGGCACCCAGCUGGAGACCAACAAGAAGGCCAUGAACAUCCAGUGCAAGGUCUGCAUGCAGACUUUCAUCUGCACCACCUCUGAGGCCAAGUGCAAGGAGCAUGCCGAGGCGAGGCAUCCCAAGAACGACCUCUACCAGUGCUUCCCCCACCUCAAGAAUUAG